UUCAAUUUCUUGAAGUCACCUUUUGUUUUUUUUUUCAAACACACUACUGUGUGCAAGGGAAGAAAACAAAAGUCUAUAUAUAUAAAAAUCCCCACCUUCAUAUUCUUAGGCCACAAAUUAGUAUAAACAUAACUCAAAAUUAUAUUACAAAAUUCUAAGAUAUUAUUCGAUAAUUGAAUAAUGGCAAAGACUAAGGUGCUUGUUGUAGGAGGAACAGGGUACAUAGGCAAGAGGAUUGUGAAGGCAUGCCUAGCACAAGGCCAUGAAACUUAUGUUCUCCUUAGGAAAGAAAUUGGCCUAGACAUUGACAAGCUCCAGAUGCUCCUCUCCUUUAAGAUGGAGGGAGCUCGCCUCGUCGAGGGCUCGUUCGAAGAUCAUCAGAGCCUUGUCGAGGCGGUGAAGCUUGUAGACGUCGUGAUCUCAACCAUGUCUGGUGUUCACUUUAGAAGCCAUAACCUUUUGUUACAACUCAAACUUGUUGAGGCCAUUAGGGAGGCUGGAAAUGUCAAGCGUUUUUUGCCAUCAGAGUUUGGUAUGGACCCAGCAAAAAUGGGAAAUGCACUUGAGCCAGGAAGAGUUACGUUUGAUGAAAAGAUGAUUGUGAGAAAAGCAAUUGAAGAUGCUCAAAUUCCAUUUACUUAUGUAAUUGCUAAUUGUUUUGGUGGUUACUUUGUUGGCAACCUUUCUCAAAUGGCCUCUCUUCUCCCUCCUAAGGAAGAUGUUGUCCUCUAUGGGGAUGGAAAUGUCAAAGCAUGCUUCAUGGACGAGGAUGAUGUUGCAACAUAUGCUGUCAAGACCAUAGACGACCCUCGUGCAGUAAACAAAACUAUUAACAUCAGGCCUCCAGAGAAUACAUUGUCUCAAAGAGACUUGGUUCAAAUGUGGGAGAAGCUUACAGGAAAGGAGCUCAACAAGCACAGCAUCUCCGCUGAGGAUUUUCUUGCCCCUAUGAAAGAUGCUGAACUUGCACAUCAAGUGGGAAUAGGACAUUUUUACCACAUUUUCUAUGAAGGCUGCCUUACUAAUUUUGAGGUAAAAGAUGAUGAAGAAGCUUCGAAACUCUAUCCGGAGGUUGAAUGCACUCGGAUGUAUGAUUACUUGAAACGCUACUUGUGAGAGAGAAGAGAAGAGAAGGAAAAAAAAAUGUAAAAAUAAAGUUUUUUUUAAAGCCAUUGCCUUGAUUGUUCAAUUUGUUUUCCUUGAAUUGUAUAUCUUUGUUAUUUCAAAAUACUCUAUAGUUUUGAAAAUUAAAAGAAAAAUAUAAAAAAUUUGGACUUGUUUUCUUCAUCUGA